AAUCCAAUUAUCUGACGAACUAAUUCAGAGCAUGAAAUAAGCGUUUUAGGGACCACCACCGCCGCCGUCGUUGCUCCGAUGGAGUUGACCUCAGUUGCUAUUGCCGUAAAAGUCGAUGCUUCCGGCGGAAGCGGAGGCAGCGGUAGCCGACGUGCCGUUCGCUGGGCAGCGGAGAAUUUGAAACCUGAUCUCUUUGUACUCGUCCACGUUAUGCCUGCUGUUACUUCAAUCCCAACUCCAUGUAUGAAUAGCCUGCUUAUCAGUUUUAAAAAUUUGUUCUUGUUUAAUCUGAGUACGUCUAUGAUUAAUUGAGUUGAAACUUUCUGGAAUUUGGAGUUAAAUUUUGUGAUUUAGGAUUGCACGUGCUUGAGUAAUUGCUAUUUCGGAGAUGUUUAAUUUGAUUUCACUAUUAAAUUGGGAUUUCUAAGCAAUAAAAUUGAAUCCUUAAUGGAAAAUUACGCCUGAAAAUGCAAGAACCGGAUACUGAUUUGCUUCAAAAAGUUGAUUUAAAAAAAAAAAAAAAAUCUGUGUUGUGUACAUGAUACUACAGCAGGAGACAGUAUUCCGAUUACAGAAUUGGAUGAGAAUGUGGUGACUAUGUAUGUUGAGGAGAUGAGACUUAAGUUUGAAGAAGCCCUUGAACCAUUCAAGAACCUACUGAAAAGAAGAAAGAUAGAAACAUUGGUGCUGGAGGAUGAAAAUCCGGCCACAGGGCUUCUAAGAUAUAUAUCCGAGUCAGGGAUCAAUAGUUUAGUGUUGGGCUCUUGUGCUUCAAAUUAUAUAACAAGGAAGCUGAAGGGACCUGGGAUUCCUGAAACAGUUCUAAGAAAUGCCCCUGAAACUUGUGAAGUUUAUGUUGUAUCUAGAAGUGAAGUCAUUAGAAAAUCAGAUUGUCCUUCAUCAUUUAGAGGAACUAGCUCUAGACCUUCGAUGCAUUCUCAUACAGAUUACAAAGAAGGUCCCUGUGGUAGGAAUGGACGGUUGUCUGGUCUCUCUAGUUGCACUGUAGAAUCCAUCCCUCAAGAAACCUUGAGCAAAAAAUUAUUGGAGCAUUAUUACCUGGAUUUUGAUGCAUCUCCAUCUGAACAGUUGGAUGUGGAGGAUGUUGAAGUGGAACAGCUACGUAUGGAAUUACAAAAUACAAUUACUAUGUAUAAACAGGCUUGUGAAGAGCUUGUUCACACCCAAAAGAAGGUUGAAUUACUUUCUUCAGAAUGCCUUGAAGAAUCAAGAAGAGUUAACGCUGCUCUGGAAAGAGAAGAAACUUUUAGAAAAAUUGCUACUGAAGAGAAAGCAAAGCACUUACAAGCCAUGAAGGAGGUCGAGGAGGCAAAAUGUUUGCUUGCUAAAGAGGCUUAUGAAAGGCAGAUAGCUGAAGUAAAUGCCCUCAAAGAAUCCUUGGAGAAGCAAAAAAUUGCUGAUGCACUCUUCUCUAGUGACAGAAGGUACAGAAGAUACGCAGCAGAUGAGAUAGAGGUAGCAACAGAUUUCUUCUCCAGGACUAAUUUGAUUGGUGAGGGAAGUUACGGGAAAGUCUAUCAUUGCAACCUCUAUCACACUCCUGUAGCUGUUAAGGUUCUUCAGCUUGAUGCUGUAGACAAGAGAGAUGAAUUUUUGAAUGAGGUUGAAGUUCUUAGCCGACUGCAUCAUCCAAACAUUGUUUUGCUGCUUGGAGCCUGUCCUGAAAAUGGUUGUCUGGUUUAUGAAUACUUGGAAAAUGGAAGCCUGGAGGAAUAUAUUUUUCGUUUAAAUGGAAAACCUCCUCUCCCUUGGUUCAUUCGGUUUCGGAUUGCUUUUGAAGUAGCUUCUGGUCUUGCAUUUUUACACAACUCAAAGCCAGAGCCUAUUGUCCAUCGAGAUGUAAAACCAGGUAAUAUCUUGUUGAACAGAAAUUAUGUGAGCAAAAUUGCAGAUGUUGGGAUGGCCAAGCUCCUUUCAGAUGUUGUCCCAGACAACAUCACUGAGUACAGAGACUCUAUUCUUGCUGGUACUCUAUCCUACAUGGAUCCAGAGUACCAGAGAACUGGCACCGUACGACCCAAAUCAGAUCUUUAUGCAUUUGGAGUUACAACACUUCAGCUAUUGACAGGACGCCACCCCAAUGGACUUAUACCGAAGGUAGAAAAUGCUAUUAAGGAUGGCUCCUUGGCUAUGAUCCUAGACAACUCAGUUUCAGAUUGGCCACUUGCUGAAACAGAGAAAUUAGCUCGGGUAGCAUUGAAAUGUUCAAAACUCAGAUGCAGGGAUAGACCAGAUCUUGAUACUGAAGUCCUUCCAAUUCUCAAAAGACUAGCUGAUGUUGCGGAUAGGUGCUUAAAGGCAGAAAGAAACAGCAUCUAUGCACCGAGCCAUUACUUCUGUCCAAUCCUUCAGGAAAUUAUGGAUGAUCCUUAUGUUGCUGCCGAUGGAUUUACAUAUGAGCACAGAGCAAUCAAAGCGUGGCUUGAGAAACACAAUGUAUCACCAGUGACAAAAUACAGGCUCCAAAAUUCUGUAUUGACUCCAAACCACAUAUUACGGACUUCCAUACAGGAGUGGAAGUCACGGAGGACAUUUUCUAGCGCAUUAAUUUAAGGUGAGUUUCCAACUACAAUACUUUGUACAUAAUGUAGUCCUCAAAACAUGAUAUUUGCAUUUAUAUGUAGAUCUUACUUGCUCAUUUGUAUCUGUAUGGUCUCGUGUAAGGAUUGCUGGCCUUCCAGAUUUCCUAGAUGUGUAUAGGAAAUCCCUGUAACAUGUAUCAGUGCAAUAAGAAACCUGUACUCUUAUUACGGGGACAUUUGAGAUAACUAUAGAUUUGGAUUCAGAACCUCGAAAACAAUGUCAUAUAGCACAAACUGAAACAAAUCUGUGUAACUGGUAGGAGAAAAGCAACUGGCAGAAUAAGGAGAAAGGAUUUACGAGCUUUAUUAUGGUUGUUCCUCAGAUCCCUAGUUGCAAUGCAAGUAUGAUGGCCUUCUCGGUCCCCAUGCUGAGGCCGUCCAGUUAAAGGGUCUGUAUGGAUUUUGAAGUUCAAUCAAAUGAAUCAUCUCAGAGCCCACCCACAACUAAGCACCUCUAUACGGCAGUUUAUCAUGUGGCGUUGCUUCAUUUAUUUCAGGACCUAAUUUUGAAAGGAAAAUAAAUUUCCUUUCCCUUG